AUUCUAUACUUUCAGCCAUUAUGAGGUUACGGAAACACUUUCUACCCCGCACACUGCAGGAUGCCGUGGCGACCACAUUCAUGGCCGGUAUCAUACCGAUAACGUUCUGGUUCGAGGUCUACGUUGCCAUACCGGGCAUACACGGGCCGGAUUCGGUGUACAAUUGGGUUCAUUUCGUGCCCGCCGUACUGCUGCUGUUCAACGUCACCGCUCACAUGCUAGCCACCAUCCUCUGUGACACCAGCUGCUCGACCGAGCUGAUACAGCUACCGGCGCCGAACGUGUCCAGUGCGGUGACCAGCGGUUUCGGUUCGAAAUCGUGGCACCUUUGCGCAACGUGUGAAUUUAUCGCACCACCCCGUUCCUGGCACUGUACCAGCUGCCGGACGUGUAUACUGAAGCGGGACCAUCACUGUGUCUUUACCGGGUGUUGCAUAGGGCACAAAAAUCACCGCUAUUUCAUCAUGUUCGUGGCGUACCUGUUCGUAUCGACGCUGUACGCGAGCGUGCUGAACAAUUACUUCCUCUGGUUUGUGCGGGGCGAAGAGUUCCGCAACUGGACGUCGCUGGUCAAGAUUGUGUUCCCGCUCGCGAUGCUGAUGAUCGACAUUUCGGCCAAACAGUACUAUCUGGUGAUUUAUCUGAUCAACAUGGUAGGUGUAAUGUUUACCGGUGUGCUGCUGGUUUACCACGGACGCCUUAUCCUAAGCGGAGCGGUUGUGCACGAACGAACGGCGCCGGAGUAUGAUAUGGGUCGGGCGGAGAAUAUGCGAAUGGUGCUCGGAAAGCGGUGGUACAUUGCGUGGUUAUCACCGUUCGUACAGAGCGAACUACCACACAAUGGUGUCAACUGGGAAACGCUCCAAAAGCAGACGACUAAAAGUAAGUGAAGGACGGAAAGUAUUGUACUGUACAAAAA